AUGUAUAUUUCAGAAUUUUAAAGUGUAGAUUCUAAAAGAGUUAAGGAAAGAUUAGUAGAAAGUGCCUAUAAUAAAGUUUAGAUCUGGAGGAAAAUAUUCUUAGAAGGUUUAAUAAAUGAACAAGGAGAAAAACAAUAUUACUCUUUAAAAGAGGCUGCAAAAUUUGUAGGAGUUCCAAAAAAAACCUUAGAAGAUUAUACAUCUAUCUUUAAUAAGGUUGGAUUAAUUGCUUCAUUGUUUGAUUUCCAAGGAUAGAAAAUGGGAUUUCUUAGAUAAUUUAUAAGAAAAAAUAAAUCAAAAAUAAGAAAAGCCUUAAUUGCAGAAAGAUUAAAAAAAUAUGAAAGAAAAUAAGAAAAUAAAAAUGAAAUAAUAAAACAAGCAUAAUGUACAAACUUUCUUGAAGAAUUUUCAUCAUCAAAAGAAACAGAAUCUUUUUUUGAAAAGUUUUCUGAUUAGAAUAUACUUAAUUCUGAACCAGAAGAAUUUGAUGAAGUCUUUUAAGAAAGUCAUGUCUUUUUACCAAUUUAAAAAUUUUGA